AUGGCUCCCCGGUUCUCCACUGUUGCCGCCCUCGGUGUCGCCGGAGGCGUCGGCUACUACCUCUACCAGUCCGGCGGCAGCCCCAAGGUCGCCGAGAAGCAGUUUGAGAGUGACGUCCACGCCGCCUCCGCCAAGAUCCGGGGCGAGCUGCCUGGUCGCGCCGCCGAAGCGCGCAAGGACGCCGAGAAGCUCGGUGCUCAAGCCGGUGCCAAGUUCGACUCUGCUGUCUCGAGAGUCGAGAGCGAGGCCGCCAAGGCAAAGGCCGAGGCCGAGGCUUUUGCAAAGGACACCAGCGCCAGCACCAUGAAGAAGGUGAACGAGUUUGAUCGCAAGGUGGAGCAGGAGGCUGCAAAGGCGAAGAGCGGUAUCUCGAGCUGGUUUGGCGGCAAAUAA